UCUGUGAGCAACAGGUACCUCUGCAGUCAGCAUAAGCAGGAUCAAGGGAUCAGCUGCUAUGGAUUCAGAACUCCUGCUGAAUAUGAAGGAGGAGGUGACCUGCCCCAUCUGCCUGGAACUCCUUAUAGAGCCCCUGAGCCUAGACUGUGGCCACAGCUUCUGCCAAGCCUGCAUCUCUGAAAACCAAAAGAAGUCCACGAUAGACCAAGAAGGGCAGAGCAGCUGUCCUGUGUGCCGAAUCACUUACCAGCUUGAGAACCUGUGUCCCAAUCGACCUCUGGCCAACGUAGUGGAGAGGCUCAGGGAGGUCAAGUUAAACCAAGAAGAGGGGCAGAAGGUAGAUCACUGUGAGCAGCAUGGAGAGAAAUUACUGCUCUUCUGUGAGGAGGAUGGGGAGGUCAUUUGCUGGCUUUGUGAGCACUCUCAGAAGCACCGUGGUCACUGCACACUCCUCCUGGAGGAGGCUGCCCAGGAGUGCCAAAAGGGGCUCCAGAGAGUUCUGGAGCAGCUGAGGAAGCACCAGCAGGAAGUUGAGCAGGUAGAAGCUUACAUCAGCAAAGAGAGAACUUUCUGGAAGGAUCAAAUACAGUCUGACAGAGAAAACAUCCAGGCAAAGUUUGGCGAACUGAGAGACUUUCUGGCAUCUGAGGAGAACAAGAAACUGCAAAUUCUUGAUGAAGAGGAAAAAGAUAUUCUCAAUAGUCUAGCUGAGGCUAAGAAUGAGCUGGACCAGCACCAUGUGGUGGUAAGAAUGUUCAUCUCUGAUGUGGAGUAUUGGUUGCAGGCCCCAGCAAUAGAGAUGCUACAGGAUGUGAAUGGCAUUAUAAAAUUGUGUGAAACCUUGACCUUGAAGAAGCCAAAAACUUUUCCCAAGGAACAAAGGAAAGUAUUUCAAGUGCCUCAUUUGAAACGACUGCUGCAAGUGCUUAAACAUAAGUAG